GGCCCGGAAGCCGAGCUCACGUGGGCCCCGGCGGCCCUGAGCCUUUUUUCCCAGCCGAGGCCAUGGCCCGUUCCCGGCGCACCGGCGCCCACCGCGCGCACUCCCUGGCCCGCCAGCUGAAGGCCAAGCGGCGGCGGCCGGACCUGGACGAGAUCCACCGGGACCUGCGGCCCGACAGCGCCGCCCGCCGGCCCCAGCCGGACGCAGAGCCGGACCCCGACCUGCCCGGAGGCGGCCACCACCGCUGCCUGGCCUGCGCGAGAUACUUCAUUGAUACUACCAGCCUGAAGAAUCAUUUGAAGUCCAAAGAUCACAAAAAAAGGCUGAAGCAGCUGACAGUAGAACCCUACAGUCAGGAAGAAGCAGAGCGGGCAGCGGGCAUGGGCUCUUAUGUGCCCCCCAAAUGGUUGGCAGUGCCCACAGAGGUAUCCACCGAGACAUCUGAUAUGGAGGUGGCCAGCUGAUGCUGCCCAAAGCAGAGGAUAGCCAUGCUAGACUGGGCUGGCUGGACCGUAUCUCUCCCCCAACACUCAGAGCAGACUUCUUACUUUUCCCCAAUAAAGGAGCUGAGCUGCUAUGUGUC